UUUAAGCUUUUAUUAUGUUUGUUUCCCCUUGCAGGUGAUGGGGAGAGACGUUACAGGUUUACGUACUACUGAAAAGAGACCUAGUGUUAAGCCAAAUGGUGUCACCCAUGGCACAGUUCAUGUUGCCCCCAGAAUCGCUAAGGAAAGGGUUGAAGCAAAGGAAUAUGAGGCAGAGGAUCAAACUGCAAAAGGCACACACGUGGAGGAAUCCCAUGAGAAGCAGGAAGUACUAUCUGUGAAAAGCACCAACUGUGAACCUGAUCCGAUUGAGGCAAAAAUUGCGAAAGCUGAGGCUGUGAAGUCCAGCGAAAAGAAGUUGGGCUCACCAUUGAAGCAUCCAUCUGAUUCUGCUGCGGCAACUGAAAUUCUAGCCCCCUCGGUCAUGAAUUCAUCAGGGAAUGAAUCUGAAAAUCAUGAAAAUGGCACUCACACUGUUGAUGCUGGCUCGAACUGUUCAUCAAAGUCCAACGACCUGCACUCUCCUAUGACUUCAAAAAAGUUGCAUGAAAAUUCUCCCAUGAUGUCAAGGAAACUGCGGAUUCAGGAUGAAGACGACAACUGGUCCUUGGCUUCCUCAACUGCAGCUUCUGUGCGGACAGUUAAGUCCAAGAUUACUGUUCCUGUAGCUCCAUCAUUUAAAUGUUCUGAACGUUCAGCGAGACGUAAAGAGUAUUACACAAAGUUAGAGGAAAAGCACAAAGCUCUGGAGGCAGAGAAACAAGAAUAUGCAGCCAGAAUGAAGGAAGAGGAAGAAGCAGCAAUGAAGCAACUUAGAAAGAACAUGACCUACAGAGCAAAUCCAGUUCCUAGUUUUUACCGUGAAGGGCCACCUCCAAAGGCUGAACUUAAGAAGCUGCCAGUCACUCGUGCCAAAUCACCAAAUCUAACCCGUAGGAAGAGCUGUAGUGAUGCAGUCCCAGCAACUCCUGAAGAAAAGAAAACAUGUACAAAGGUUCGUCACAGCAUUGGUGUUUACAAACAAGGCAGUACUACCCCAACCACCCCCAAAAGUAAAGAUCGUGUAAGUGGUCGAUUCAGUAAUGGAACUACUCCCAGAGCCAAAGAACCUACCAAGUUGGCGAAAGCAAAAAAAGGAUCCCCUUUGAAGGAGAUGAAAGAAACUCCAAUUAAGGAGAUAAAGGAAACUCCCAUUGCUGAGUCAAAUGCAACUACAACGGAAGAGACAGAGGAAGCUCCAGUUAAGGUGAAAACCAAUGCUUCUGUCAAGGAGAUAAAGGAAAUUCCCGUCUUAGAGACGAAGGAGGCUUCUAAUACAACGACAGAGCAAGUGACUGAAGAUACUGCUGCUCAAUCAUGAGCACGAGCAACUUAGUCUUCUUCUUCUUUUUCGUUUCCUUUUUUUUUUUUCUUUGUAGUUUUUAUCAUCAAAUCGAGAUGUUCCAGGCAAGGUCAAAUUGGUCCUCCCUCCUUUCCUCUCGGCAAUGACUUGUUGAAGUGACGCUUUUAAUCUGUGUUGUAUAUUAUUAUAUGUAAUUUUCGUUUGGUACAUAUGUUACAUAGAAAGAGACUCUUGUUGAACACAUUCUGUUUAUAAACAUAACCUUAAGACCAGUUUGUGCCCAUCUAUUGAGUGACUGGUACUCUAUUUACUUCCAAAUGAUGGGUGGACAGUUUGUGCUCGGUAAGUGAAUUGUUGUGUUCCAAUCUCUCUUUUGUUCAAAGGGAAAAGAACAAUGUUGAACUAAACUAAUGAAUGCAAUGUUUUUAUUAAACGAAUGAAUGCAUGAUAUUUGUUUUAGUUUGGUUAA